UUUUUUUUUUAAGACGCCUAGUACAACAAAACUGCUGAGGGGGAGAAGUCCAUUAUGGUGAUUAUAGUCCAAAUAUAACAUCUUUGUGAUAGGCAGAAAGUGAAGCUGACUACAAAUGGGAGUGAUACUGGGAAGAAGGUAAAAAACUUAAUAUUCUGAAUGAUAGAAGAGUGAAUUUAAAUUCAUUUAAUGUCAGUAAUCUUUGUAUUAUUAGCCAUAAUCUGCUUCUGAGAAGCACACAGGCUUGACUUUUUUUUUCCCUCUCCAUAUAACUGCAUUAAUAAGAACAGAGUGUUUCUCCUGACCUCUGCCUGUAGACUAUGAGCUCCCAAGAGCACAAAUUUUUCUUCUUACUUUUGGACAGCAUCUGCAGGUAGGGAAAGCUGCCACAAAUAAAUAGCAGUGCUAGAAGCGUGUUACUGCAGUUCCAGAUCACUUAGCAAGGGUCUGAUCCUGUGUGAUGGUUACGGGAGGAUGGAAUUAGGGCUGGAGUCUGAUAUUGGGUGCAUGGGUAUUUUUAGGAUGGUCUUAAACCUGUAUGUUGCUGAAGUGGUUCUCAGCAGGGUGAACUUGGGAGGAAGCCUGCUAGCUGGGAGAGCGAGGGGGGCGGUGCAGGCUGCUGUAUUUUUGGAUGUACAUCUUCCUGGGGGGGUGUACUGGAGGAGAGAUUCAAAUGCAACAGUAUUGAUGUACUUGGUGCAGUAAUGUUAGCCGGAUUGUGGAGACAAAGAGGUGAGACUGGCUUUAGGAUUGUUGUUUGAGCCUUUAAUGUGGGGAGAGAGUGGCAAGGCACAGCAACAGCAUCCAACACCUUCAGGUGGGAGGUUAUCGCGAUUGACUUCGUGCAUCUCCCUGUUCUGAGGGAGAGAGCUGGUGCACGGAAGUUUGCUUAGGUUUCUGCGAGAACGUGAUGUUGCUCAUCCUGGAGAUUCAGGCAACCGAAACGAGAGAAAGAGAAUUAAAGCAUGAGAUCUGCUUGCUCGUGACCUGAAUCCCCUAAUCACAGCCUCGCGUAAGUGAAGGUCUUAGGCUGGGUUGAGUAGAGGGCAUCUCCACACAAGAAAAUGUGCAUCUGCCUUCCGCCUUCCAGAAUUAGAGCUUACUCGUGAUGAAAUGUAGUUGUAAGGGCCUCAAACCCUGCCUUAAACUGGACCUGCUGUGUGUGACAUUGCUUCCCCUGUGGCAGGCACGUAGUAGGUGCCUCGGUGAAGAUAGGUGUGUGCUACCUGAGCUCCCCAUCCCCAGGACAGCUCCUCUGGGUGCCAGAAGCAUAUCCUGGUUGCUGAAAAGUGCCUUUCCUGAAGCCACCGCUGCUUGGAUUUCUGUCUAGGGCUGCCUCUCUCUGCCCCUCGCCCCCCUCUCUUUUUAAUUCGGCGUUGCUUGCGGUUCGUGCCCUGACGGCAACUCCUCCAGCCUUGCCCCCCCCCUUUUUUUUUUGCUCCCCAUUUACACGCAGUUUGCUCAGCCAUUUUUUUUUUUCUUCCCCCGAGUAUGUAGCAAAUAUUUAAAAGAAAAGAAAGAAAGAGGAAAAAAAAUUCAGACCUCCUUUUGCUCGUUUUGAUGCUCGCGAACCGUAAUUUUUAGAAGCAAGAAAUAGAAGGAAAAAAAAAAAAAACAAACCCGAAGUUUUCUCCCCAAGGACCGAGACCAUUCCACAAACUGAAGUGCUGCCAGCAGCAUAUGCUUUUUGCAAGAAUAAUUGAAACCAUUAACUGGAGAGCACAGAAUUCUUUUGAAAGUCUGCCAGUUAUUUGCAAGUAACUUCGGCAGUGGCACAAAAUAUAACACUUAUAUUUUAACUUCUACAAUUGCACUUUUAGGAGCUGGCCUCUAAUUUGAUUUUCAGUUGUUCUGAUAAGAUUUCUAUUUUAUGAUUGGCUUUAUGUUUAAUUCUUGUUUAAACAAACACGAUUUGACUUAAAUGAAAACCUAAGUGCUGAUGAAUAGGAGUUCUACCAAAGCAACAAGUUAGUUAUUUCUUCACGUUUAACUUGAAUUCACUUUUUUACCCUUUUUUUAAAAAAAAAAAGAAGAAAAAAAAAGAUCAGCAGUAAAUAUUGCCCUGAAGAAGGGUGCGAUUGCUUGCAUUUUAAUUUUUGUUUUUUAAUAUGGCUGUAAACGUUUCCCUGGUUCGUGAUACAAAAUGGCUGACGUUAGAAGUGUGUCGAGAGUUUCAGAGAGGUACUUGUUCUCGGUCUGAUGCAGAGUGCAAGUUCGCCCAUCCGUCACGGAGUUGCCAUGUGGAAAAUGGUCGAGUUAUUGCCUGCUUUGACUCCCUAAAGGGCCGGUGUACCCGAGAGAACUGCAAAUAUCUCCACCCUCCCCCACACUUAAAAACACAACUUGAAAUAAACGGACGCAACAACCUGAUCCAGCAGAAGACGGCCGCAGCCAUGUUUGCUCAGCAAAUGCAGUUUAUGCUACCAGGCGCGCAGCUACAGCCAAUUACAACGUUUCCUGUGACUCCAUCGCUUGCAACAAGUCCCACGAUGGCUUUUAGUCCCUACCUGAGUCAUGUUUCUCCUGGGAUGGGCUUGGUUCCUGCAGAGCUUUUACCAAAUACUCCUGUCCUGGUUUCCGGAAAUCCUACUGUUACAGUACCAGGAGGCUCUGCUGGGCAGAAACUGAUGCGUACGGAUAAACUGGAGGUUUGUCGAGAGUUUCAGCGUGGAAAUUGCACACGUGGUGAGAAUGAUUGCCGCUAUGCUCACCCUAUAGAUAUUGCAAUGAUAGACACAAAUGAAAAUACUGUUACAGUUUGCAUGGAUUACAUCAAAGGUCGAUGCUCUAGGGAGAAAUGCAAGUACUUUCAUCCCCCUGCACACCUGCAAGCCAAAAUCAAGGCAGCUCAACACCAGGUGAACCAGACAGCUGCAGCUGCAAUGGCCCUGCCGCCUGGUGCACUUCAACCUUUACCAAAGAGGCCAGCACUUGAAAAAAACAAUGGUGCCACCACAGUCUUUAACCCAAGCGUUUUCCACUACCAACAGGCUCUAGCCAACAUGCAGUUGCAACAGCCUACAUUCAUCCCUACAGGGUCAGUUCUGUGCAUGACACCCACUGCAAGCGUUGUGCCCAUGAUGCACGGUGCUACGCCCACCACUGUGUCUGCAGCAACAACUCCUGCCACCAGCGUCCCCUUCGCUGCAACAGCUACCGCCAAUCAGAUAUCCCAGUUAUCAGUAGAUGAACUGAGUAGCAGCAUGUUUGUUUCACAGAUGUAGAAGUUCCCGAUAGAACACAGACCAUGUUGAAAUUCUGAACAGUAAAAUUAUGGAGCACCAGGACUUCUUGGUGGGAAGCUGCGCAUGGCCUUUCUGUAUAUAUCCCUUCUUCCCUCUAUCGUUCUCUACCACCUCUACAGUAAGCCUGUUGCAGCCUACAUGUUAACCAAAAACUGAUCAAUGGGAAUGUCAAAAAAAAAAAAAAAAAAAAAAAAGCACUAUAGAAACAAUUAACAAACAGCUCUCUGUUAUAUGAGAUAUACAAGUAGAAAAUUAUAAUAGACUUUUAUAACACAUUACUUUAACACACUUAAUCAUUUUAUGACUACCAUCCUGAUAAGUGCAUCUGCACAGCGGACUGUUGGUUUACUGUAUACUAUCGAUGGAUAAAUGUUUGUCUUGUUUUUAAAGUGUUAUCUUACUGUUUUGUUUACAUCAUAGUCUAUUGAUUUGUUUUAAAGUGUACAUCAUUAUCAAGUAUACUCAAUACCGUUUUUUCAUUAUUGUUAUGUCUUAAGUUUUCAUAUACUGUAGGUUUUAUGGGGUUUUGUUUGUUUUUUACUAAAAAUGUUAUUGUGGGAAACAGGAAUUAUGUGCUUGAAAAACACGACACAGGAAUGUUCUGCCCUUUGCUGGAUUUUGCUGUUAAUGUCAGCUAAAGUUGCUUGUGUUAAAUGCUCCUUUUAUCAUUUAAAAUUUGCCUUCAGAUAGACUCCAAAUUUUUAGUACAAGUGGUAUGAAAGGACAGCUGUCAUUUUAGUCCAGUUCAGGGUAUUUCCUUCAAUACAAUGAGCUGAUUCUGGAAACUUUUGGAAAAAAAAAACACAAAAGCCCAGGCUCAGUAAGGGGACAGGAACGAUUUGCUCAGACAGUGGUAAGCAUCAAGGGAUUUCUGCAGUUCUGUUGUCCAUUGAAGUGCAUUCUCAGCUGCAAACGGCGCACAAUCUCUCUUGCUGUUCUCAUGGUGCAGUCAAAAAAAAAAAAAUUAGAUGGUGAAGUGAGACAGCUUCAGCUGGGCAAAGACUCGUUGCGUUGGAGAGGAGCAAAUGCCAACCGUUAGCUGGAGUUGGCCCAUAACCGCAACUUAGCCCAAGCUGGGUCAUACCACGCCCAGGGGCUUGUCUCCACUAAACGUGCUGAAACAUUUUGGCCUGAAAUCUUAUGUGGCUUUUCUUGAAAUUUUGUCAGCGUGUACCUAUUAUUUAAUCACCAUUUUCCAUAAGUGGGUGACUUUUUUGCCCCAUGAUCUCUGGCCCUUUAAAGCAAACACAACAGUAACAAAGCAGGAGAAAGCUCAGCAUAAGCUUUCUACUGUAUAUAAACAUUCAUUUCAAUGGAGCUCCUAUAGAUCAGUGGAUUUAUUUUGGCACCUUCUACUUGAUCAAGAGCAAUGUUUGCCGCACAAUAAGGGCUAGUUCUCAAUACCUCCUUUACAUAUGCAUGAAUGAAAUGAUUUCCAGCCCGUGCACCCUGGACAGCCCCAGCCUGUCGUUAUGCUGCGUUGCUGAACAAUCUGGCUGCAGAAUGCAUUUUGGUUGAGGAUACAGCCAAAUUCAUCCCGGUCAUAGCUCUACAGUAUCAUUGGCAUUAUGGAAGAGAUGGAUUUGCUACUGUAAAUCCACGAGCUCCAUACAAGGAGAAAGAGAAUCGUUAUUGAAACCAAGCAAGAGGCCAGCUCCCAGCGUCCGGAGGGCCAGCCACCCCGAGCUCACGAUGGUUCUGUAGGGUGCCAAAUUCUGACAACCAGGUUUUCUUUUCUUUUCCAAGCUCCUUGGCCUUGGUUAGAGACUUUCCUUGCCCCCUCUCCUCUGGUGUGAGCGCAGACAGUUUACUAGAUGUGUAUCUCCACGGACCACAAGUGAUGGAGGGGCAUCUAGGGCACAGCUGAUGCACCCCAGAACAGGCUCUGACCAUCUGCCUGUGGAGACUCAUUCAUAGGAAGAACCUUUGAAGAGCCCAGCUCAAAAGGCCUUGAGCCAGAAGGAAUCUCUCCAUUCAUUUCAGCAGGCUUUGAACCAAACCCUGAGAGAGGGGAAGAAACAUCCCCACCCCCUUAUGAACCCUGUGCUUUAACAGUCGCUUGUGUCCAUAGAUGUUCCCCAGCCAUCAGCGUUCACAAGCAGCAGCAUUGCCUGAAAUCAGUGACUCUCAUUUAUAUUGGUGACCGCAUACCUGUUCUUUUCACCACUGAGUUUCUGUUUCCCAAAACCAUAACAUUGUUAGUGGAAAAAGUGGAUUUGAGUACUUCCUGUUUGAAAUUAUUUGUGUAUCAAAAAUGGGUUUUGCACAACCUGUGCCAGUGCCUCAACAAAGAACAGAGCUGAUCUUAAGCCAGAAAGGAUGCAUUCAAGCUUGUAUGGCUUUAUGAGUUCAAGGAGGUUGGAAUUUUUUCAGUGCUAAAUGGAUUUUUGUAUAUCUUGACACUUUGAUGUAACCUCCUCUUUUAUUUAUCGACUUAAACAUCUGGCAUAGAUGUGCAUAGAAUGUAAACCUAGAAUACAGCUGUUUUCAUGUCACAUUUAAAGCACUGAAAAAAAAAAAAGCAUUUAAGGAUUAUUUUUUAUUAAAGAGGUCCAAUGAGGGAUGUUCAGGGUAGUUAUAUUAGGUGCCACAACAGUUUUUAUAUUGCUGGCAAAUUUAGAGUUAAUUUGUAAAUGAGUUUAAAGAAAGAAAAGCUUGAAGCACUAAACUUCACCAAAUUCAAAACAAUCUCGGCAAAAAUGCCAUUUUGAGGUAGCACUAUUUAAACUAGUUGUGCAAUGACUUGCUCUAAUUUUCUUUGUUCAAGAAAGAAAAGAAAAAAAAAGUCGCCAGACUAUAAAUUUCCUAAAUAGACUAUUACAAAGUCACCGAGCUAGUUAGUGACUCUAAACAAAUGUCAUAAAAGCAUGAAUAUCAUCCUUUAUUUGACAAGAGAUGUAUGUAAGUUUGUUUAAAUCGAUAUAAUUUUAGUGACAUUUUUAUAAGCUUCCCACUUUCCAUGAACCUAUAUUUUUUAUUUAUCCAAAGUUAUUUCUCUUUGUCCAUUUCUCUCAGCCUUAUGCAAACAAUAUGCAAGAAAUGCUGAAACUUGGAUAAAACGGGUCAUGCAGAGGGAAAAUGAAAGCUGAGAUUGAUCAUUUUCACGAAAAAAGGUUGUUAGUAGUUUCAAUAAAAAGUACUACUACUAAACUGUAACAUAAGCAGACAAUAAAAGAGGGAUUUAAAAUAAAAUGGAUUCAUAAAACUAUUAAGAUUAUUUUUGUUAAAUACAGUGUUUUUAGUAAUUUGGAACAUGAUUUCACAAUCAGCCGUGUUUUUUAGUUGGAAAUUUCUAGCUGAUGAUUUUUGACUGUGUAUUUUUGCAUCGCGAUGUUCUAGAAACCGUUACCUCCCUGGCCAGCCUGCGCCGGCCCCCUUCCCGAGCACUCCGAAGCGCUUUUCCUCUCUGCCAUCCAUCCUUGCCGUCUCGCACCACGCUCGGAGUGUUCCCGAACGGCGGCACCGCCAGGCUGGCCGCCAGCCGCAGCCGCACCGGCGCUCCGGGGUCCCGCGGUGGGGUCCUCCCGGCGUGCCGGUGGCGGCAGACGUCCCGCCGGAGCUGGGCCACCACCGUCGAGGCGGCGAUGGAGAUGGGUAUGUGUCUCGUGGGUGCAGCUGGCCAGAGGAGGAGACGCGUGUGCCUGGCGAGACGUCUUCUCCUCCGCCUCGCGGGCUGCCGGCUGGCGCGGUCGAGUAGCUCUAGGACGCGCGGGUACACAAUGAUUGAGAAACUGGAGUCCUCGUUUUGUUUAUCCCUUGUACAUUUCACAGACAUGAAAAUUGAAAAAGGUGAAAUUUAUGAGGAAAAUCUAAUUUCCCAUUCCUGUUGAAUGGAUUUAGUUUGAUAUUGACCUGAUUUUACCAUGUGCCUGUUGAAGGCCUUAGAGUAUAUACUGUAUGUUAAAGACUGUAAUAACUUUUAAAAAAAAAAAAAAUAGUUGAUAGCCUAAUCCAAAUGUAAAUAGAGCUACAACACAUUGUUACUAGGCUACAACGCAUUAAUUCAUGUCAUAUAUUUUCAUUUCUCUACCAUUAGUUUUUAAGGUUUUCGUUAUUGCUUUUUUUGAUAUCUUUAGUAACUAAUGAAUUUAAUUUUGAAGGAGAGUUAGAGAAAGUUUAAAAUUUUUAAUACAUGUAUUCAGCCCAUUUAGUUAUAUUCUAAACCAACACUGAAGCAUGGUAAGGUAUAGAAUACAGUCCAUAACUAGUUUGUAUAGUUUACAGUUUAAGAACAAAAUUAACUUUGUAUGUAACUCCUACAAUGAUAGAUUCAUUGUUAACUAAUUAUAUUAAGUUGUUGUUGCUAUGGCAACAAAACUACAACAUGGCUACCUUUGUAUACAUUAUUUGUGAAAUUUUCACAUGUAAAUUAAAAGUGAUGUGUAACAGUAUGAGCUUGUUAAAGGUACAGUUCGAUACUGUCAGAUAAAGAUAUGAUUGAAUAUUUUUAAAAUCCCAAAGUCCCAUGUGAACGCUGAAUUUGUGUCUUUAAGGUCACUUUUUCAGUCAAGAAGUUUACAACACAUGGAUUUAGAGUCAGGUUUUAUAGCUUGUAGAAAUUGUUGUGUGGCAAGGGUUAUUCCACAGUAUUUUCACUUCAAAAACACGACAGCCUGUAUUUACGACGUAGUAACCGGUCUUGCUUUCAUUUCACAUUCAUUCACACGGUGGGAAUUCAGAAUUAAUCCGUUUCAGUACUGUAGCUCUGCCUGCAAUUUUCUUUUCUCCAGAAAUUGAGCACUCACGCAAUUACGUUACGAUCAGGGCUAAAUAAUUAAGCAUAUAACUAUUUUAAUACUAAUUUAUAUUAGCAAAAACUGUACAUAAGAAAAAAAAAAUAUUGUGGAAUGACCCCGUAACAGUGUUGAAGAUACAAAUAUGCUGCAGUUAAACUGAUUCAGUUAGUGUACGAAUGUGUGAGACACACCUUUUUUGCACUUAUGUACAUAGUCCACGAAAGAAAUCCUUGGAACUUAUUUUGAAUAUAAAAAGUCUGUAAUAAUACAGGAAAAGUUUGUAAAAGAGAUAGGUAUUACUAAGGCUUUGAAAAGGAGGAGUUUUUUGCUAUAAAACUUAUCUGAAAGCAUGAUGUUGCUUUGCUGUUGUAAAAGCUUUGUAGUUUGCCAUAGCUUAUUAUACAGCAGACUGAUAACAGGUCAGCUCCAACCUGCAGCACAGAGAAAUGGGAAACAGUGUGUAAUUAACUAGUAAGGUCACUAGCAAAGAUUUGAAUUACUUUUUUUUCUUUUUUAAUCGGCCUACAUUUUCAAACACACCCUGGGUCAUGUUUCUGAUAGGUUGUGUUCUCGGUGAAUCCUAUUAGGACCGAUAGGUCCGUGGCGGCAUACACACAUUUUUCCUAGCACCUAAUCCUAUUUCUAGCUGGAAGUGUUUAUCUGUUAGAGGUGACUGUCACUGCAGCGAGUGUUUUAAAUCGCAGAGGGAAUUUGAAAUAUCACAACUUACCGUUUUUUUUGGUUUUGCGGUUUUGGUUUUUGGUUUUUUCACCCUUUUGGGGCAAGGUAACAAAAUGGAAGGGACUGAUGAGUGGAUGGACAGGGGAGGUUUUGGAUUGUCUUGGGCCAUUUUGCUCUGCUGUACGACAGCCGUGGUGUUCAUUUGAGAGAACCAGGUGGCAGCGGUGCCUGGUGCUGCCUGCUCCGACGGCACUGCCGGACGGGUGUUGGGGCAGGGAGGCGGAGGCUGAGCGUGGCCAGCUUGGAGCUCCCGGCUGAGGUUAACGAGCCCCGUGGAACUGCCACCAAAGGAGAGCACGGCCGUGGUCCCCCAGCCCGCCGAGCAGCCUCUUGGUUCCCUCUCUGCUGUGUUGGUGGUACUGCCGGGGCUCUGCAGUACAGCGGGGAUUUUGGAGAAGCUGAAGCACCUGUGUUGACCCAUUUACUUUUGAUUGGAACAAGGUUUUGUUGGUUUUUUUUCAAAACCCAAGCCCUAGACUUGCUUCAGAAAGGUCGCAGGUUUUGCCGUGAGGCUGGUCCCGACUCAAGCGAUGAGUUGAGCACCGCAGAGUGGAACCGGUGGGUGGUGGCACCCGGUGUCGCCGUCUCCCUUUCCUCCCAUUCCAGGGUUGGGGGCUGAGGUGUCACUGCCAAGCGCAAAGACCUGCUCUUCGGCCGCUACUGCUGGCAUCUCGGAGGUUUCCGAUGCCUCGCGAUGCCAGCGAGUGCCCAGCCAGCCUGCUUUGCACCAGGGCUUUGUUUAAGUGGGUGGUUUGCUGGAUUGGAGCCGUAGCAUCGUGCGGUCCCAGUGUCUUUAAAACAGGGAAAAAUCAGAUGUUGCCUCUCUUCAUGGGUGUUCUAAUAACCUAGAUUUUAAUACAAAAUAAUCAGCUAAUUCUAGCCACCAUGCUGUUAAGGCUUCCCUUUGCCGUAAUCGAUUUCUAUAAUCGAGCUCUUUCUCGUUUCUAGGAUUAUGAGAGAAAAAUACUUUGCACUAUGUGAAAUGAAUCGUAGCUGGUCAAAAUUCUUUUCUUUGGGGUAUGAGCAUGAUCGUGACAACGCUGCUAAAAUCUUUGCUAGUGAUCUUUACUGACAUCCUCUAUCAUCAAAAAUAUAUGCCUCUCAAAUGCGGUAUUUAAACAUGCAAAAAUAACACAACUGUUAAAUAAAAUGAAGUUAUUUUUCCAAACACACAACAGAGAGAAUUACCUGACACCGAAUUACAAGGUUCCAGUUCUUUAUUACUGUACACAGAUGCUAUUUGAUAGUGGUGGAAGCCAAAUGAUUUUGUUGCCAUGGCUUUUGUAUCCUAGCAGAUGAGGGGAUGAUAAGACCAUUCUUAGAUUGGAUUAUGGGAUUUUUUUUUUCUUUCCAAUUAGCUUUGUUUUAAUUAUAUUUUUAUUUUAAAUCAUGAAAAUGAACCAAGACUCCCCACACUCUUUAUUGUAUCACCUGACAACAGAUCACUAUUUUUUUUUAUAGAGAAUUGUAUUUUAGGCAAUCACUAAAAUCAAAGAGAGAAUGUUCUCCUAAAUUGUCAAUUUUUAAUUUAAAUAUAUAAAAACAUUUAUACUGUACUGUGUAAAGUAGAUCUCUGAAGCACAUUCUUCUUUUCAUAGGCAUUUCUGGUAAAACAAAGUAAGGGAAACAUUAGAUAUCAAUUUAAUGGUAUAGUUUAGAAAAUAUAUACAAACAAUUACAGUUAGCCCUGUGGAAUUGUAAGAAAUUAAAAUAUCAUCGGAUCCAGACAGGCGUAGGCUAAUGCAAUAUUUCAGUUCCGUAACACGAUAGUUCAUUCCCUCAACUGCUACCAACAGGGUGUACGCUUUGAAUUUAUUUUUCUUUUUGCCACGUUAUAUUGCUGUAGUGCUUGUACGUGCUUUAGAAAUGUGCAUAAUGCUACUCAUUUUAGUAUGUUACUUCUAUAUUGUUAUUGUUUAUUUUUUGAUCUUUUAAUAAAGUGUAUAAAAUUCUUGGUUAUGUUUUUUAUGGAUCCAUAUCUACACAUUAAUAGGAGUUUACUUUAAAAACUUUUCAAGUUCCAGUUUAUUAGUCCCAAACUUCAAAGGUUCUGAUGUAAAAAUAAUAACUAAUGAAUUUGAUUCAAUGUUAUAUCUAAAGUGUAGAACAAAAGAAUAAAUUUCUUUCCAGAAAAUACCUUCAGUAUUUUGAAUUCUGUAGCCAGUGCCUCCUUUUUAUCAGAUGCAUUUGGCCUAUCAUAUUAAAGUUACUAACACAAGAAAGACAUUUGUAUUUUAGAAAAAUAAAAAGUAAAACUUUCCA